UUUCGUCUGUGCUUGCAGAAACCAUUUUUUACAUUUGAUAACAAAUAAACUUUUGACAUUAACCGCAUCAAAACACUUUAUUCUUUUCGGAUCCAUAUUAUUUUAGAAUGACAAGCAGUAGUACAACAUCAGAGUUACAGUCAUUGUAUACAGUACAACGUUUUGAAAAUGUAACUGGAGACCAGGAUAAACAGAAUGACUUGAUACUUUGUUUUCCUUCCGCAAUCAAUCCCACGAAAAGCCUGAGUAAGACAGUGAUUUUCUUUGGUGGAGAUGUGCAGAAUUACCCAGAGAUAAUGAGUCAACACAGAACAAAUAACUUAUAUCUUCAUUGGAAUCUAGAGUCAACAGCGAGAAUUCUUGCAAAGAGAUUUGAAGAUAGUUUAAUAAUAGUUAUAAAACCAAAGGAAAUGUUGUUGAAUACUUUUAGUAUCUACUCAAACUUUGUUGAAUUUGAUCAAGACGGCAUUCCAAUGUUAUUUACAUAUACAAAUUCAAAUGGUUUAACUCAUUUGUCAAAACUUUACUCCAAAGCCUUAGAACUGUAUCAAAACAGACAAGCCUGUGAUUUAGAUAAAAGUAGUGAGAAGUGUGAUACAAGACAAGUCAUUGGAUGUUCGGCAGAGUUACCUGUGUCUUUUGUUGGUUUUAGUAAAGGUUGUGUUCCAUUGAAUCAGGUAUUGUUUGAGGUUGCCACAAAACCUUUAUCACCAGAAACAUCAGACUUUGUAUCCAAAAUAAAAUCUGUAUACUGGCUUGACGCUGGACACAAUGGACGUCAAGACACAUGGAUCACAAGUGAAUUUGUUUUACAGAAAAUCGCAUCAACCACGAUAGAGUUGUUUGUUCAUAUAACACCAUAUCAAAUUAAGGAUAUAAAUAGACCUUGGAUUGGAAAAGAACAAAGGAAAUUUAUUCAGAAAUUAAAGGCAUUCAAGGCAAAUGUAACAGAAACAAGACAUCACUUUGAUGAACCAGGAUCACUUGACCUUCAUUUUUCAAUUUUAACAGAAUUUUAGUUGUGUAGUUCAUGUAUCUAUUACCCAUAUUUCAUUAUAUUAAGACACAAAAAGGGUCUGAAAUGACAAGGUAAAACAAUUCAAACAAGAUAA